AUGAACAAUUACUGGGUCGACCCUGUUGAUGAAUACUUCGUCGGUGAUUACUUCGAGUUCCGAUUCGCCGGACCAGCUGAGUUGCGUCCACCACCAGAAGUGAAGGUUCCUGCAAAUUUGAUUCCUGCUCCAGUUGAUGAUUCUGCUCUAAAGGCUGCUGGCCCAUUGGAAAAGGACAUAAAAAUCGAGCCAGAAGAUCCAGACUUUCCGCCAAGCAAGCCACCAACUCCUCCUCCAAAACCGCCAGCCAAGUUCUAUCUGCCACCUGGAAGAUCAACGAACGUGUCGUUGUGGACUGAAGAGGACCUCCGUCGCUGGGUGGCCAUGUUCUUGAAACGCAAGGAGCAUGUCGAGACAUUCAAAAUUCUCGAACGUCUCGAAAUCGACGGCGAUGUGCUUCAAUCAAUCUACGAGAACAAACCUGCUCACACGACAUUUGGAAUCAAUUUGGAAGACUUUGAAGCUAUCCAGGCACACGCUCAUGAGCUGUUCAAGGUCAACAAGAAAGUCAAGUACGAGCCUUGA